AUGACUCGCAACUCACUAGCGAAAUAUUUAGAAACUACAGUAGCACACUCAGACGCCAUAAAGUGUAUCAUUGACAUUGGAUCGGCAAUGGACAGACGAUGUAGACAGUCUCCAACUUUGAACGGUGUUUUUGAACUAACCCAGAAUGAUCCACUUCCCGAUGAAUGCGGCACAGGACGCAAACGGCUUUAUACCGAGCCUGACUACGUGUUUUUCUACAAGGACAUUCUUCGGCUAAGCCAAAUGCCCGCUGGGCGGAUUGAAACUCAAUACUGUUUGCUCGAAGCUGCCAGGUUUAGACAUCUUCUCACCUUGACCACCAACCCUGUUCUCAAUGCCUUCUUCGAGCAAUCCCAAAAGGGUCUGCAGGUGGAGAUUGGCCGCUUGCCGCUCCAUCAACGAAAUACCUUCCCGCGAUUUGCCAACAUAGCUGAGCUACUAGCAAAGCAGAGCGAAGGCGAUCUUCAUGCUGCUCUUCAGACGGCACUGACUUGUACCUAUCAUCUGGCGGAGUUUAUUAGGGUACAUAGUGAUGGCACUCAAUCAUACCCGACGCCGAAUGACUCGUACCUUUUAGGCCUUUGUGCAGGAGGCCUGGCGGCGGCGGCCAUUAGUUGUGCAACUUCAGUUGCUGAACUUCUUCCGUUAGCGGUGCAUUCUGUAGCCGUGUCAUUCCGCUUGGUCCUAUGCGCCGUCGAGAUGCGCGAUCGGAUUCAGCCUCAGGUUGAGAAUAAGUCGUGGUCAAUUAUGGUCAUCGACGUCUUGCACGCAACUGCAAGAAUAAUCAUUAGUGACUUCUCUCAUGCUAACCACAUCCCAACUCAUUCACGCCCCUACAUCACAGCCGACUCGCCUGCUGGUGUCACUAUUAGCGGCCCGCCAGAUGUACUUGAGAAGCUCAAACAAGCUUCACCACUGUUAGGCAAGCGAAUUAUCACACUGCCCAUAUAUGUGACAUCGCAUGCCCCACACUUGUUCACCACGGAAGAUGUUACGAGCAUCAUGGAGACAACAACUGCCAAGACUUGGGCUUCUUACGUCUCCAAAGUCCCUAUCGUUUCUUGCUCGACAGGAAGGCUAGUCAGCGCCGGAGCUUUCAAUACAGUACUCCGAAAUGCCGCAGAGCAAUGUCUGCGUGAACCCUUGAGCUGGGGGAAGAUCAAUGCAGAAUUUCCAACCAUUUUGUUUGAAAACAGCAACCUCGGCCGCAUCAAAGUCCUGCCCGUCGGAACCAAAGCGACAAUGCAAGCACAGCUGAGAGAAUACGUAUCCUCAAAAUACAUGUCCGAAUCGCAAAGACCUAGUAUUGAGGUUGUCUCCAUUGACGCUACUAAGGAAAAGGAUGGUCUUGAGUAUGUUCCUUAUUCCAAAUCGAAAAUCGCCGUGUGCGGUCUCGCUGGACGAUUCCCAGGAGCCGAGAGCCCAGAGGCUUUCUGGGAGCUGCUUUCAAAGGGAGUCGACACUGUUAGCGAGGUUCCUGCAAACCGCUGGGACGUCAAAACUCAUGUUGAUACGAGUGGAAAAAGCAAGAAUACCAGUGCCGUGCCAUGGGGUUGCUGGCUGAAUGACCCUGAGCUGUUUGAUGCUCGCUUCUUUGGCAUCUCUCCCAAGGAGGCCCCCUAUUUGGACCCUGCUCAACGCCUAGCACUCAUGGUCACGUAUGAGGCGAUGGAGACUGCAGGUAUCGUACCCGACGCCACCCCUUCGACACAAAAAGAACGAAUCGGGGUUUACCUUGGCAUGUCCUCGAACGAUUAUGGCGAGACCAAUAGCACACAAUUGAUUGGGACCCAUUCUAUCGUGGGGGGUAUCCGGCCGUUUGUUAGCGGUCGAAUGAACUAUAGCCAUAAAUUCGCUGGGCCGAGCUAUGUCGUUGAUACUGCCUGCUCGUCCAGUCUUGCAGCUAUGCAGCUCGCCGUCAACGCGCUGCGCAUGGGCGAUGUGGAUACUGCAGUAGCAGGGGGCACCAAUGUUAUCACCAAUCCCGACGGGCAUGCUGGCCUAGAUCGCGGUUUCUUCUUAUCGAAAACGGGUAAUUGCAAGACCUUUGACGAUGGCGCCGACGGAUACUGUCGCGGUGAGGGAAUUGGUCUCGUGCUACUCAAGCGUCUUGAUGAUGCUAUCCAAGACGGUGAUCCUAUCCAAGCUGUCAUUGUCGAUGUCAAAACGAAUCAUUCGGCCGAGUCUGACUCUAUUACACGGCCACAUGCACCCACUCAGAUCAAACUUUUUGAAAAAGUUUUUUCUACUAGUGGAGUAGACCCUAAUGAUAUUUCUUACAUCGAGAUGCACGGAACGGGGACUCAGCAUGGAGACGCUGCAGAGAUGACAUUGGUCCUGGCCACAUUUGCGCCAGAUACACAACGACGUGCUAGAGGUCAGCCACUGUACUUGGGCGCAGCCAAAGCCAACAUUGGCCAUGGUGAAGCUGUCUCCGGCAUUACCAGUGUAGCCAAGGUGCUCUUAAUGAUGCGUAACAACAGCAUUCCUCCCCAUUGCGGCAUCAAGACCACUAUCAACCAUACCUUCCCGUCGGACAUGAAGGAUCGUAAUGUGCAUAUCGCUUUCAAGCCCACAUCCUGGCCUCGUGGAGUUGCACCGCGGAAAGUACUUCUUAACAACUUCAGUGCGCCGGGUGGUAAUACAGCCAUGAUUCUGGAGGAUGCCCCAGCCCAGCAAGUAGCAUCGGCACAAGACGACCGUACGAGCCAUAUCAUUGCAUUCAGUGCCAAGAGUGGUGAAUCUCUUCUCGGCAACAUGCGAGCCUUACUACAGUCUUUGGACGACAAGGUCGAUGAGUCGCCUCCCCUGGUCUCCAAUUUAUCAUACACAACAACUGCGCGUCGACAGCACCACAAUCACCGCGCUUCAGUUGUUGCUUCUUCCCUAGAAGAUGUAAGGAUCGGCCUUCGUUCGGCAAUACAGGAGAAGCAGGGCUUCACUCGCGUCAUCUUGUCUCCUAAAAUUGUGUUUGCCUUCACCGGCCAAGGCUCUCAGUACAUGGCGAUGGGCAGUGAUUUGAUGAAACUUUCGCACUUUCGCGAAAGCUUCCGUCGUCUCAAUCAACUGGCCGUCGUCUUGGGUUAUCCAGAAUUUGAGAAGGUGAUUACAGGUUCGACCAAUGUCAUCGAAUCAUACCCUCCAGUUGUGGUUCAACUUGCAGUCACUUGCUUGGAGAUAGCCCUGUCUCAGCUUUGGUUGUCCUGGGGUAUAAAGCCAGAUGCUGUGGUCGGUCACAGCCUAGGAGAGUACGCAGCUCUGAACGCCGCAGGCGUUCUCUCCGAUGCAGAUACAAUAUAUCUUGUCGGCGAGCGCGCUAAGCUUCUCCAGUCUUCUUGCACGGCCAAUACACACGGUAUGCUCGCCGUCAAGACAUCGGCGGCGGAGAUCCAAACAUCAGUGGUUGGCAGGAGAUUUGAGAUAGCCUGCAUCAAUGGACCCAAUGACAUCGUGCUCGGCGGGCCUGUGGAUCAAAUCGACUCGUUAAGGUCUGCCCUGACCUCAAUGGGUGUAAAAGCCACCCCAGUGUCGGUUCCAUUUGCUUUCCAUACCUCUCAAGUUGAGCCAUUGCUCAAUGAAUUUGCUACCGCGGCCAGGAGCAUCACAUUCAAUAAGCCUCGAAUUCCAGUGCUAUCACCAUUACUGGGACGUACGGUAACAGAUGACAAGAUAUUCGGUCCAGAUUACCUUGUUCGCCACUGCAGGGAGACGGUGAACAUGCAUGACACACUACGUUCUGCCUACACAGAUGGUCGUAUCGUUAAUGAGAAGUCAAUUUUUCUUGGAAUUGGGCCUCAUCCCGUUGUUUCGUCCAUGAUCAAGGCCUCAUUGGGAUCGAGUCUUACAACCAUCCCCUCCAUACAACGGGGCAAAGACACCUGGCCCCUCCUUGCUGAAGCCCUUGCUUAUCUUUACCGUGCGGGUGUUGAUAUCAAUUGGGUAGAUUGGCAUCAGGACUUCAAGGCUGCAUUGCAAGUUAUUCCCCUGCCAACAUAUAGUUGGGAUUUGAAGAGUUACUGGAUACAGUAUGUCGGAGAUUGGUCCCUGCGCAAAGGAGAAUCAGCAACCAUAGAGGUUAGUGACUCAGUCGGGCCCAAAGUCCCAGAACCAUCAUCGGUACUACGCCGCCCUGAACCCAAAAUUGAGAGUACCACUGUACACAAGAUCUUGAGAGAGGAGUCGGAUGAGAAGAAGGCCUACGUUUUGGUAGAGUCAGAUCUGUCUCGCUCGGAUCUUCUGCCUAUUGUACAGGGUCACUUCGUGAAUAACAUUCCUCUGUGCACACCGUCUGUUUACGCGGAGAUCGCACUCACUGUUGGCAAGUACUUGAUAGACAAAUAUAUGCCCUUUAGUCAAGAUCGCCUCGUCGAUGUAGCAAACAUGGAAGUCGAGAGAGCUCUGAUUGCCAAAGGCAAGGGCGCCCAGAUGCUCCGUGCCUCAGCCAAGGUUGACUGGCUCACAAAGACGGCAUCGUUCUCCUUUUUCUCCGUCAAUGCUCAAGGGCAAUCAAUAAUCGAACAUGCGACGUGUAAGACGGUCUUCCGCAACGCUUCAGAUCUGCUACCAGCGCUCAUUGCCACAAGAAACCAGCAAGUCAAACUAUUCGACAAAGUUACUCAAGAUGUUCAAAGUGGCAAGGCCUUCAAGCUCAACAUGGACGUUAGUUUCAAGAUGGUUGCCGGUCUUGCUAAGUUCCACAAAGAAUACAGAAGCUCCGGGGACAUCGCACUAAACGGUACUACCCUUGAGGCUGUAAGCAACGCAACCUUCAACAGUGUGAAGAAGGAUGGGGACUUUGUCUGCCAUCCAGCUAUCAUUGACGGAUUCACUCAGAUUUGUGGUUUCACCAUGAAUGCUAAGGCUACAACUGAUCUGGAGCACGAGGUCUAUGUGAACAGAGGCUGGGAUUCCCUACGGAUCUUCAAAGAUGUCUCACACACAGCUAAUUAUCAGCUUUACGCCAAGAUGAUACGUCAAGAGGGUACAAUGUACAAGGGAGAUGUGGUAGUGCUGGAUGAGGAGGGUAUCACUGCCUCUUUCAAGGGUGUGGCGCUCCGCGGAAUUCCUCGCAAGGCGUUCGACAUGGUUCUUCAAGCCGCGAACGAAGGGCGAGAGCUUAGCGGUUCCUCAGGAGUCAAUGCUGCUCGUGCCGUGGUGUCUUUAAAACCUCAGUCAACACAACAUAGCGGAGUAGUGACUGCACAUGUAGUGGCUCAACCGGCAACGGCGACUGUUGCAGUGCAUCUGCCAGCAGCCACAGUCAUUACAAGGCAGACUCCGAAGAGAGCCACCAGCAAAUAUCCAUCCGCACUGGCCAUAAUCCUCGAAGAAACAGGCAUUGCGGAGAAUGAACUCUCGGAUGAUUCUGCAUUCGCUGAUAUGGGCGUCGACUCGUUGCUAUCUAUGGUGAUCAAUAGCAGGUUCAAGGAGGAGUUGGGGUUAGACAUAGAAGAUGAGAGCAACUCGGUCUUCAUGACAUAUCCAACUAUCAAACACUUCAAGGACUUGCUUAACGUUUACAGAGAGCAACCAGAAGUGGAAGAUGCCAUUUCAGUGGUGGAAGUUGCGCCGGCGCAUGUGCCUCUACCCAUACCAGCGACUAUCGAGACUUCGGGCCCUACUCAAUCAUCUGUGCCUCAGCAGAGUACCUCUCAGCUAAAUGUAGUGAGGUCUGAUGCGCCUAAGCGCAUCGAUCUGCCACCACCUAGUUCAUUCAAGUCCAUCCUUGAUAUUAUUGCCGAGGAGACUGGCGUUGAUAUUGCGGAUUUGACUGACGAAUGUCCUUUGGCUGACGUCGGAAUCGAUUCCCUCCUCUCCAUGGUGAUUGCGAGCAGAAUUAGAGAGGAGUUGAGCUUGGAAAUGGAAGCUGAGGAUGGAUUCUUUGUUGCCUACCCCACGAUUAAGCACAUCCGCCAGUUUUGCAUCAGCGCUAGUCCGAACUCUUCUCAAGGACUCCUAACACCGGAGACUGAGAGGCUCUACGCCAGCAGCAAUAACAGCGGCAACGAUGUUGUCUCCCUUCCUGAAGAAUGCGUAACCCCUACUGAUUCUAGCUUAGAGUCGGAGGUGAUGCCGACGAAUGUCCCAAAAGCGAUGAACAACAUCAAGAGCACUCGAUCCUUCACCUCUUGCCGCCCGGCAACCUCAGUCAUUCUUCAAGGGUUUCCCAAGACCGCGAAGAAGACACUGUUUCUUCUUCCAGACGGUGGAGGUUCAUCCUCCAGCUAUGUUCCUCUUCCCCGCCUUGACGGUGACACAGCAAUCGUCGGUCUCAACUGCCCAUAUGCACGGGAUCCCGAAAAUAUGAACUGCCACAUCUCUGAUCUUAUGAAAGCCUACAUAAGCGAGAUUCAGAGACGCCAACCGAAGGGCCCGUACCAUAUUGGAGGAUGGUCCUCGGGCGGGGUAAUGGCAUACAUUGCCAUACAGCUCCUCCUCGAAGCCGGCGAAGAGGUUGGCACCCUAUUGAUUCUAGACUCGCCAAUGCCUGCUACGAUGGACAAGCUGCCGCCACAUUUUUACAACUACUGCAAAGCUAUCGGGUUAUUCGGAGACGUACAGCCCCCGCCUUAUCUCGUGCCGCACUUUGAUGCCACCGUCGACGUCCUGGACACAUACGCAGUGUCGCCGAUUUCGACCGCGGUUAAGCCAAAGAAGCCUCUCAAGCUCGCUAUUAUCUGGGCCUCCCAAAGCGUGGCUGACGGUGCUGGAAAGCCCAGUUUCCCUACGCAUUUGCCCCACAACUCUGUCGGACUGGCCUUCAUGGUCGCACGGCGCACUGACUUCGGUCCGGCAGGCUGGGAGACGCUGUUGCCAGCGGACACUCAAAUUGUUACCGGGAAAAUAGACGCGAAUCACUUUUCUAUGAUGCAAAAGCCAUCUAUUUCCCAGGUUGGGCGAUUUAUCGACCGAGUCAUGGGUUGAACAUUGUCUCAGCUUCUCAUCAGGGUUCACUUGCUUUUGAUUAAUUCGUAGUUUGAUAUUGAGUUGGCAACAGUUCUCCUGGGUUAUCGGGGUCGGAUAUGUUCAUGUCUUGGUUUUGUUGAAUACUUAUACAUGAUGUACUUUUAUGUUAUUUUCUCAUAAAUUUCAAGGUAGCCCAUUUAUUGAAUCGGAUACAUUGGCGUUCUCAAGGAGCCUGAAAUUAUUUGAGGAACGUGUUUAAGCUGUGAG